UUCCUCACAUUUCAGCACCCUAGACAGCGCUCUAUAACUGACUGAAAGUUUGGAGUUUUACUUACUUAACCUAAACUUGCGAUUUGAUUUAGGCUCGUAAUGAACUGGAUAGAAAGCUCUCUUCCUCCAUCCUCUCCAAAGCGAGCUGUGCUUGUCCAGCACACGCAGGCUGAGGAAAAGUGCGCGGUGGUCCUUUAAAAAAGCUGCAGAUCGGACCCGACGGGGAAGCAGGUUUUGGAGCGGGAGCGAGCUUGGGGUAGAAAGUUGCACCGCGCCUUUCUGUGCCGUGCCGUGCCGGGCAGGAGCAGAUGAAAGCGCGGAUAGUGAUUGAAAGCGAUGGUAAAAGGAUUUAGCCUCGGUAUUAACUGAGAGAGGGAGAGGAGGAGGGAGGAAGGCAAAGAGAUAGAGAGAUAGAGAGAGGGAGGAGGGAGGGAAAUACUUUCCAUAAAGCCUCCCCCCCCCUCUCUCUUUCUGCCCUUGAGCAUCCAGGGUAAACCCGAGCUUGUAAAGUCGGAAGAGGAGGAGGAGGAGGAGAGGGGGAAGAAGAAGGGCGGGCACAAGCCUUUCCAAAACUCCAUAUUUUAUACUUUUGAUACUCCUUGACGCCGGAUUUCUGCCCUGCUCUCCCGACCAGAUCUAGGACACCGAUCCACCGCGCGUGCAGCCAUCCACAGAUUUCACAAGAAAUUAAAAGUAACCCACUGAACAAGCUGAUGAGGGGAGUACCGUGAGGAUCACGACAGGGGGACGCAUGCUCCACACCGGAUGGUCGGAGGGGGAUUUUUUUAUUUCUUUAUUUUUAUUAUUUUUUUGUAUCCACGCACGGGGACGUGCACGGUCCGAUCGGCCUGAAGACCAGAUCUAAACCGAUCCAUGGAUCUAUCUGACAGAGCGUUUUUUCCUUCACCCUCACCCUCCAUCACCGCUGGCCCCCAGCAGCUGUCCGCUCUCUGAGGCAUGGAUCCGCGCGACCACCUCCCACCCAACUCCCUGCAAAAGCAUGGUCCAAGUCUGCUCUAAGAUUAACCCCUGCAACCGUGUUUGCGUUUCCAACUGUCUCAGGAAUUCAGAAAGUCUCCCCCUCUCGGUUCUCCGGGACCCUCGACUCUUGCUUAAAGACUGACUUCACUUUUACAGAAGUCUCCUCUCAUCUGGGGGAUUUAUCCGGGGGAGUCAGUUUGCCUCUGCCUCCCCACCUCAAUUCUAGGUGGCAGCAAGGAUGCUCGCGUUUAUUCUAAUGAGCACCGAUCCAUGCGCCCCACUUGUCCUCUGAGCUCCGUGACCCCCUCACCCCGUGCCGGACCCCGCUCCAUACACCCCAUCCCCGGCCUGCCAUGCUCCUCCAAGCCGUGAUCCUGUUGCUGUUGCGCUACUUGGCGUCCACCCUUGGCCAGUACGACCUGUGCAAGUCCCUGGUGAGCACGGAUGACGGCUCGGUGUGGGAACAUUACGCGUGCCAACCGAGUCCCGCGUCCAUGAAAGACCACAUGCGCAUCAAAGUGGACCCGCCCGGAAUCACGUGUGGAAAUCCACCUGAGAGGUUCUGCACUCUGGAGAACCCAUACUUGUGCAGCGAUGAGUGUGAUGCGUCCAACCCCGACCUCGCCCACCCGCCUCAGCUGAUGCAGGACAACGAGCGCACUGGACCGAUCACCUACUGGCAGACGGUCACCUGGAGACGCCACCCUGAGCCCCUGCUGGCGAACAUCAGCAUGUCCUGGAACAAGAGCCUGGAGCUCACGAAUGACAUCCAGAUCACCUUCGAAUAUGGCCGUCCCACCAUCAUGGUGCUGGAUAAAUCCAUGGACCACGGCCGGUCCUGGCAGCCCUAUCAGUUCUACGCCGACGACUGCCUGGACGCCUUCAACAUGCCCCCCAAACGAGUGCGCGACCUCUCGCCCGCCAACAUCACGCGGGUCAUCUGCACCGAGCAGUACUCCCGCUGGGUCGGCUCCAAGAACGAUAAGAACGUGAAGUUCGAGGUGAUGGCGCGCUUCUCCGUGUUCGCGGGGCCUCAGCAGCAGAACAUGGUAAACCUGUACACCCGCAUGGAAAGUAUGAAGGGCCUGCGGGACUUCUUCACCUUCACCAACCUGAGGCUGAGGCUGCUCAGGCCCGCCCUCGGAGGCACUUACGUCCAGAGAGAAAACCUCCUCAAGUACUUCUACGCCAUCUCGAACAUCGAAGUACCAGCCAGGUGCAAGUGUAACCUCCACGCCUCCCUGUGCCUGCUGGUUGACGGGAACCUCCAGUGCCAGUGUGAACACAACACCACCGGGCAGGACUGCCAGCGAUGCAGGAAAGGCUUCAAAGCUCGGUCCUGGAAAGCAGGUUCCUACGUGCCUCCACCCAGAGGAAGCCCCAACACCUGUACAAUUGCUGGCUCCCCCUCCGGUUCCAACUGUGAGUGCUACGGCCACUCCAACCGCUGCAGCUACAUCGACUACCUGAACAUCGUCACGUGCGUCAGCUGCAAGCACAACACCAGAGGCCAGAACUGCCAACACUGCAGGCUGGGAUACUUCCGCAACGCCUCUGCCGAGCUGGAUGAUGAGAACGUCUGCAUCGAGUGCAACUGCAACCAGAUGGGCGCUGUUCACGACCGGUGUAACGACACGGGCUUCUGCCAGUGCAAAGAGGGAGCCUCGGGGGCCAAAUGUGACGACUGCCUGCCAGGAUACUACUGGAAACAAGGCUGUUACCCCAACGUUUGCGACGAGGAGAUGCUCCUGUGCCAGAACGGAGGAACGUGCUUCCAGAACCAGAAGUGCAUGUGUCCUCCAGAGUUCAAAGGAGUACUGUGCCAACAUUCCCGCUGCGAGGCGGGGAAGGACUGCAAUGGCGCCUCCUCGCCGCACCUCUCCACAGUCACGCUGCUGCUCUGCUCUCUGCUAGCUCACAUGUUGGCCACGUUAGCACCCCACUGAGCCACGACAACCGCCGUUCCCACGACGGAGUGUGCACGCGAGUACGAGGCAAACAAUUGGCCCUAAAAGUUGUGAAGGCCAAUCGAGUCAUGGACCUCAGUAAACGCACACGACAGCACUCUUAUAAGCACCCACAAAAUAAAAACACUACCUAGCCCCAUCCUCCUUUGCAAACAUGCACCGCGCAGGACUGUUAUAUACCACUGAGCGUGUGCUCAGGUGUGAGGAAGACGAGCAGGAACAACCUCAGAGUCAAAGGGGAAGGAAACAAAAAAAGAAGUCAUGCCAACCACUGUUCCCUUUAUUCCUCAGCAGGAGCAAUGUGCAUCAAACCAAAAAGCAUAAACACUUAAAUCACUACUGUUUCACUUCAAAGGGAAUGGCUGUUGUAACCACGAGGACUUUUUCUUUCCUUUUUCUCGUUUGGGUCGGGGAUGUCACCUCUGUUAGACUGACGGCGCUCGUGUGCUGGUCGAGCUCGGCGCGAGGACGAGACGAGAUGACUUGACAGGCGGGUUAGGGGGUGCUUGUUUGAUUCUGCUGCUGAAGCCUACAUCGUAUUAAGCAGGUUUCAUUUUUGUUUUCUCUCAGAAAUGAGACUUGAUUUGACAUUUACUCUAUUUCUGCUGCAUUUUUUUAUUUUAUUUUAUUAUACCUUAAAUCAUUGUAUUUAAAUGUGCCCACUAGCAGUUGCUGAGACUAUACAUAUAUACUAUCCAGGGGAUUAUAAAUUCUUAAAAAAAAAAAAAGAAGUAAUUUAGUCACUGUUAUGGUUGUUUGUAGGAAUGAGUGAUUGUUGCCACACUUAAGGAGAUUUAAAACUUCACGCAGUAUUCAGGAAAGCAGAGUUUAACAGGUUUCAAUUAAUCAGAAGUCUAAAGAAGAGGGAAAUAUGAACCACGUAUCAAUAUUAUAUGACUUUAUUUGAAUAUUUUUUGUAGAAAUUAUUUUUGUUUGAAGUUACAAUAAAUUAUACAAAAAAACUACAAGAAAAACUAUUUCAAAUGUGCAUUUUUAUUACACAGAGUGUAAAGCUUACAGUAAAUAUGACUGUUAUUUGCCUUUUUGCUUGUUUGUUAUCAUUCACCAACAUGUCAAAGCGUUUUUCAGAAAGGAAAAUGAAUGAAUGCUCUCAUGUGGUUUCUUUUUUUUUAACUAUGAAAACAACAUUUUAACAGUUUUUUUUUUAACUAUAUGGUCUAGAUUUUAUAUUAAAAAAAACUUGCAGAAAAUACACUGCACUGAUACAAUUACAACAGCAAUAAAAAUAAGCUGCAACAACUUCAAUAGUAAAAUAUUAAAACUAGAAACAGUAAAAGAAAAAUGCAAAAACCAAAGAAUAACAGAAAGAAUGAGAAAUUGGAACUGGAAGUCAUUUCGAUGUGGAGCAGAUAAUUUCAUCAUUUGGAGGAGACUACGAAAACAAAAAAAAAGCUUCAUAAUAAUUUCUAUUAUGACCAGAUUUGAAAAAUAUGUAGGACAAACAAGCUAUGGGAACACACUCUGGUGAAGCUGAUCUUGAUCUAAGAAUUUCACAGUCACACCUCAGUUUUUUUUUUGUGGCAUUUCAAUCUAAAUUUAAAAUAAAAAGAUCAAAUAUUGGUUUAGAGGUCAUCAAUACACAAUAUUGAAACAGAGAUGAAAGAAGUCCUUGGAUCCAGUAUAUUUGUUUGUAAUUUAGGGUGUGACAAACUUGCUUAAAAAGCACCUAAAUGCUACUUUUAGUUUUUUUUUUUUUUAAUGAGCUUCAAAUUGAACUUUUGCUUUUGGUUUUAGGUAUUUUAACUACUGAUUGUCAAAAAAUAUGAAGCUUUUAAUCAAAAACCACAAUAGACACCACAUGUUCAUGACAGAUUUGAUAGUUUUUUGGGUUUUUUUAAGCUUAUACAUUCAGGGGGUCACCACAGUGAUUGAUACAGCUUUCACCAUUUUGCAUUUAGGGUUUGACAGAGUUUUACACCCGAUACCCCUCCAGACACAGCUUGUAUUUUAUCUGGACUGGGAACCUGCUAAAUAGAGUAGUAAAGCAAUUCACUGGAUGAAACUCACUGCACACCCUGGAAAAGGAGCCCUAAUUUCUCAAGUAACAGUCCCACAAUUAUUCAAGUGAGCUAUCCAUCCGCUAGCCUCAGAUCUGGUAGUGACAUGUGGAUUUAGUUUUGUGUGGUGAACCUAGAUUUGGAAAUGAGUUUGAUGGCAUCUGCGUUUAUUUUUCAAAAAUAUUUCAAAUGAUGAGAAUCCAUAUCUGUCAUUGCAAGAAUGCCGGCAAGAACCAAACAGUUCUGAAUUGUGCCCAAAUUGCAAGAUUUUUACCUCUUCAACAUUUCACACCAAGCCUUUUCCAACUGUGGCUGGAGGACAUCCACUUGCACACAUUAGAAGAAGAAAAGGAAGAAGCCCCACCCUGCUUGUCUAAUGUGAACACGAUGGGCUAAACACGCGCUAUACAUUGAGGUGAUCAACUCUACUCAGGUACUAAAGUUCAGUUUUUAGCCAUUUUAGAUUUAUUAAAUUAAGCCAAUUGGACACUCAAGCAAGAUUACCAGGAAAACAAUUUAUGUAUUUCUCAAAGAAGCAUGUUCAUUUGGCAACCACCUGCAAAAAAAAAAA